GCACAGGUUGUCCGGAGAACACAUCAAUUGCAAUCUCGUCCCAGUCCAGAGCUACCAAAUUGUCCAUUAAUUUAACAACAAUGAAGGUUGAAAUCCAGUCCACCAACCUGGUAAAACCAUCAAUCCCAACUCCACUUCACCUCAAAAACUACAAGCUCUCCUUCAUCGACCAGUUAGCUUCUCCAAUCCAUUUCGGCAUCCUCUUCUUCUUCCUUUCCGAUGGCCAACAAGACACUGAUCAUAAUCCAAGACUGUGCGAUCAGUUGGAGAAUUCACUCUCCAAAACCUUAACCCGGUUUUACCCGCUGGCGGGUCGAUAUUCCAAACCCGAUUUCUCAGUCGAUUGCGGUGACCAAGGGGUUGAAGUGUCCCGAGCACGGGUCAACGGACACCUCUCGGAGAUUGUCCAUGGACGACCUGAAACCCGAUUGCUAGAUACUUUCGUACCCAGCAUAAUUGAUCUGGUUCGGCCAGUACUGCGUCCAGUACUAGCUAUCCAGAUCAAUAUGUUCCAAUGCGGUGGAAUUGCGUUGGGUAUUAGGAUUUUGCACUCUAUGGGUGAUGGAGUCUCUCUUCUCACAUUCCUACAAGAAUGGGCUGAUACAACCCGUAAACCGCUCAAUCAACCAAUUUAUUACCCGAGUUUCGAGUUGGCUUCUCUCUUCCCAGGAAGAGUGCUAGUAGGGCUCAAACCUGAGCAAUCUAGCAACACUGUGGCGAACAAGAAGCUCGUCACAAAGAGCUUCUUAUUCGACGGUGUUACAAUCUAUGCCCUGAAAGCAGAAGCAACUCACCCACAUCUCGGGCGCCAACCCUCGAAGGUUCAGGUUUUGACAGCAUAUAUAUGGAGGACUCUUAUUCGCAUCGCUCGAGCGAAACACGGACACCCGAGGCCUUCUCUGCUCUCCUUCGCCAUGGGCUUGCGGGGGAGAAUUCGCUUUCUUAUACCCGAAAAAUCUUACGGGACCCUUGUCGGGCACACGACUGCUCUGUUUAUGGCAGAGGAGAGCGAGAUUGAGUUGGGGAAACUGGUGAGUUUGCUAAGGAAUUCAAUAAGGAAAACAGGGGAGGUCUUUGCGAAAGCUCGGGAUGGCGAUGAGAUUUAUGCUAUGUUGAUCGACUAUUACAAUGAGAUUGGUGGAGAUAGGCCCAGAGAGGUUGAUCUCUGUCGUUUCACUAGCUGGUGUGGGUUUGAUUGCUAUGACAUUGAUUUUGGUUGGGGAAAGCCCAGUUGGGUUGCUACUGUGUCUAAGUUUGUGGAACUGGUUUUCUUGUUGGAUAACAAAUGUGGAGAUGGAAUUGAAGCGUGGGUGACAUUGAAUGAAGAAGACAUGAUUGAAUUCGAACGCCAUUAUCAAGAUCUGUGCAAGCACUCACCAGUCAAAAUCUGCAGUAAAUUAUAGAGUAAUUGUGUUUGUCAAUGAUCAUCACUGGUUUAUUCCAGUUUUAUUUUAGAAAUCUUGAUUGUUGAUGAUAUUAUCUGAUUUUUAUGCACCUCAAUCUAUGCUUUUCUUUUCUUUUUCUUUUCUUUUUCUUUCUAUGGCAAAUAAAUUUUAAGAAUUGAAAGAUAGGAAGAGAAUACAGAGAGGCAGAAAGCUUGUUAUACAUACCUUUUUUAAAUUUUUUA